GCAAAAAGAUAGGAGACCAAAAUCUUUCCCCUAAAAAAUCUCUUCUUCUUUCCCGCCUUUCUCCUUCCUAAUUCCAGUUUCAAGUAGUAAUAGCAAAUCAUUUCAAAUGAUUCCUCGCCUUUUCUUCUCCGUCCUCUUCCUUGUGCUCGCUGCCUCUUUCCCUAUCAGCAGUGGGAGUGAAGAAAAGGAAAAGACGUUAGCUAUGAUCAAGCCAGAUGGAUUGCUAGGUAAUUACACUGAAAGGAUAAAGGAGGUUAUUGUGGAUUAUGGGUUUAGCAUCUUGAGGGAAAUUACCGCUCAACUUGACCAAGACAGUGCUUCAAGCUUUUACGCUGAACACUCUUCAAGAAGUUUCUUUCCGAGUCUUAUCAAAUACAUGACAAGUGGUCCAGUUUUGGUCAUGGUCUUGGAGAAGGAAAAUGCAAUUGCUGAUUGGCGCACUUUGAUUGGACCAACUGAUGCAUGCAAAGCUAAGAUUACUCAUCCUAACAGUAUCAGAGCAAUGUGCGGGCAGGAUUCAGAAAAGAACUGUGUUCAUGGUUCAGACUCUCUCCUAUCAGCUCAAAGGGAAAUCUCAUUUUUCUUUGAAGAUGUAUCUUCAGGUGAAACAAAUACAACACAUGAUGAGCUCUAGCAGCUGUGGUACCAACAAGGUCCUAUUUAGCGGCCAGGAAUGAAGGGUGCACUCAUCUUCUUUGAGAGAAAGAGUCUGCAGAGUUUUACCAUCAUGAUUAUAGGAUAAUAUAUUUUGAUUCAUGAUGAGGUUGUCAUGGGAGCACGACGAAACAUUUGCUUAGUCUUAAUGCAAGACACUUUUGUUUAUUAAUCAGCAGAAGAUCCAAUGAAGGGCGAGCUAGUCAAACUCAAUGAUGGCCACCAUGCACUUUCGUGGAUGAUUGAGGUUCCACAUCAUACAAGGUCUUAGUUUAUGUUAGCCGAAGAGUGUUAACCUUCCAGAAUUAGUAACCCUUGCAGGAUGCAGUUUGGUUGCUAAACCCUAGACAUCUAGUAGACGCGGUAGCUCACAUGGCCUUUAUUUCUUUAUGCUAUCUUGGUUCCUGCGAUCCUUGGCUUACCUUUUCAUUUUGCUUUCUUCAUUACCUGCAUCUCGAGGAGUCGAUGGCAAGCUUUAAUGGUAUAUCAAAAUCUUUGGGCUUAAAGCGUUGCAGUGACGAGCAGGAUGGCGAUUUGUACGGGAUAAAUGAACUUCCAUUCUGCAGGAUUUCUUGACCAUCAAGAACGUAUCAAAUUGACUUUGGAGUUGCUGUUUUUAACUUCUAUUUUAUCUAAGCCGAAGAAAUCGAACACAUAGUUCAUUUUGUUCUU